ACUGUCUGCAAGUAAUAAGAAGUCAACCACCCAAGUCAACCCUAUGAUUAACAUAAAUCAAGAACUUGUGUAAAUGCUGUAGAGAGAGAGAGAGAUGGAAAAGCUGUAUGAGAGUGCAGCAAGAGGUGAUGUGGAGGCUCUGCGCCAAUUACUCCAAAAAGACACAUUUCUCCUAGAAAGAGUCUCCUACACAACCCCAAACAACACACCUCUACACAUAGCUUCAUUGAAAGGCCACUUACCCUAUGUUGAAGAAAUCCUGAGAGUCAGCCCUCAUCUGGCUGAGGAGCUCGACUCUCAGCAAUCCUCGCCCCUCCACGUCGCCUCUGCACGGGGCAACGUGGAGGUCGCGAGGAGGCUCGUCGGUGCCGCGCCCGAAAUGUGCCUGUCCCGCGACUCCCGGGGCCGGAACCCCGUCCACGUUGCGGCCAUCAAGGGCCGGGUCGAGCUGCUGGAGGAGCUCGUCUCGAGAGCUCCUCCGGCUGCUCGACAGAAGGUGGGGCGAGGCCUCACCGCGAUGCAUUUGUGCGUCGAGCACGGCCAAUUGCCGGCUUUGAAGGUCUUGGUGAGGGAAGUGAAAGAGCUGAUCAAUGCAAAGAAUGAUGAUGGUGAUACCAUUUUGCAUAUGGCAGUCAUGGGGAAAAAGAUUGAGAUUAUGGAGUAUCUCUUCGAAGCCCCCAACAUAGACAUCAAUGCAAAGAACUCCAACGGCCAAACAGCAAAGUCCAUUUUGGAGCAAAUCCAACCCGACGCCGAAAAAGAUUCCGGAAUCCGACACCUCCUGUGCCCCGGCCUCGCCAGACUCAAGACGAGGCACGGAGACACGCAGCCGGUGAAGUGGCUGACGAAGAAACGCGACUCCAUAAUGGUGGUCGCGGUCCUCAUAGCCACCAUGGCCUUCCAGGCCGGGGUGACCCCCCCGGGCGGGGUCUGGCAGGAGAACCUCCUGAACGACCCCAGCCCGCACAAGGCAGGGGAGGCCGUGAUGGCCCACAACCACCCCCGGGCGUUCAAGAACUUCAUGCGGGCCAACACCGUGGCCUUCGUCUCGUCCCUCAGCACGAUCCUCCUGCUGAUCAGCGGCCUCCCCUUCAGGCGGCCGCUCUUCAUGUGGGUCCUGAUGAUGAUCAUGUGGCUCACGGUCACCUCCAUCGCGGCCACCUACGCGAUAUCCAUCGUCGUGGUGACCCCGAGGAAGGAUAGGGGGGCGCUGAGCCACGUCAUCGAGAUCUCGCUGGCCGUGUGGUGCGGCGUGAUGGGGAUUCUGCUCGUCGGGAACACGGUUCGUUUGGUCGACAGAUGGUUGAAGAACAGAGGGGUUGUUGUGUGGAGGCCAAGAAGGUUUAGGAAUAUGGUGGAAGUGAGCCAUGAGAAUGGUGAACAAGUGAUUGUUUGAAAUCAGCAGUGCUUUUUUUCUCAUAGCAUAUGCAGUUUCAUAUGCCUACAAUUCAUGUGUGAAGAUUAGGUAUCAUGUUCAUGUUUAGGUGUUUGUAUUUUCACAUUUCUAUGGAUUUUAGUGUGUGAAUCUUUUCAUUGAAGUUCACAUGUAUCUUUAGGGGUAAUUAUUAUAAGGGAUUAUGGCCAAAAAAUACACAAA